UGUGCUUGAUAGGGCCGGUUGCGGCAGCUGCUGCUGCUUUUUCUCUCCCUCGGUCCCUCCCUGCUGGGACCCAGUCACCUCGUCUAAACUCCCAGGAAUUGAGUUGAGCUUUCUGCAGGCCCUCCAGCAAGGUGACCCAAGACGGAGGGAAGGCCUUGCCUGAUAGGAAGCCGGAGUCCCCAGAGAAAUGAGGCAUUGUUUCAGGAUGCUGGGGACCCUCCGCUUCGGCUCAGGGAAACAGAACCACGCACCAGGCUCCACCAUCACCGGUCUGCUCGUCAGGCAGAAUCACAGUUCCCAGGCUGGACCAGUGACAGCCGUCGACCUUGUCAACCAUUGGGAGGCAGUGUUUGAAAAGAACGGGAUCCCUGAAGCACGAGAGUCCAGUGAAUACAUCGUCUCCCACGUCCUUGGAGCUAAAACAUUUCAGAGCCUGAACCAGAGGAUAGACUGUUGUUCCACGCCCCUCACCGCCAUACAACUGACACGGAUCCAGGAGCUAAGCAGCCUUAGGCUACAGAGGAUGCCAGUCCAGUAUGUCCUCGGAGAGUGGGAUUUCCAGGACCUCACCCUCAAAAUGGCCCCACCGGUAUUUAUUCCUCGGCCUGAGACUGAGGAGCUUGUCAACUUGGUGCUGAAAGAGAAAUCCCUGAAGAACAUGGGGUCCAUGGAAGCAGCACCUUCAUUUCACCAGCUACCUGACUUCCCCACAGGCCCCUUGAUUCUGGAAGUGGGCUGUGGCUCAGGAGCCAUCUCCCUGAGUCUGCUGAGCAAGCUGCCCCAGAGCCGGGUGAUUGCUGUGGACAAAAGCGAAGCUGCUGUGAGGCUCACCAGGGAAAACGCUGAGAGACUGCAUUUACAGGACAGAAUAAAAAUCAUUCACCACGACAUCUCUUCCAGAAUGAACUGGCAACAACUAAUCCCUUGGGGCCCCGUGGACCUGGUGGUCAGCAACCCCCCGUACAUCUUCCAAUCAGAUAUGGCUCACUUGGCAGCAGAGAUCCUCAGCUAUGAAGACCCAGAUGCCCUGGAUGGUGGAGAGGAUGGAAUGAAAGUGAUCAGAGACAUCUUAUCCCUGACCCCUUGGCUCUUGAAAAUUUUUGGAAGUGUCUUCCUUGAACUUGAUCCCCGGCACCCAGAGCUGGUUGGGAACUGGUUGGCAAAACAGCCUGACCUAUUCCUCUCUCUAUCUGCCACCCACACUGAUUUCUGUGGCAAGCCCAGGUUCCUGCAUAUUCAGAAGAUGGUGUCAAACAGCAGCAGUUGCUCGCAAGGCUUCUCUGUCGCUCCAAGUUCCCAACUCUUUGGAGUUCUCAGUUGAACAUUCUGUGGGAAGAUUCUUUCCGGGGAUUUCCCAAAUGAAUCUGGGGUAGAUUUUUCCCAGCUCUCUAUUUCACUGGCAGGUUUAAGAUUAGAAGAAGGACUAAAGAAGCUCAGACUUGAGCAUUUGCUACUGUCUGACUUGUGCCUGGUCAGGGAACUUCUCUCAGCUAGGGACAUUUUCAAAAUGGGGAAAGAGCACUCAGAAGACCUCACUGAUGUUGUUUUUGGAUGUCCAGAGCAACAAAUCUGUGAGCCAGUCAAUGCUGCUACAAGUCUCAGUGCUCCGGGGAGGGUGGGUAGGUGGUGCAUGGUGAAUAAAUUGACUCUAUGCUUGGUCAAGUGGUCUCUUGGACUCAUGCCAAACAGGCAUGCCUGGUUUGUUCAAUCAGUCAGAUGGCUAACUUACAAAAAUGUACCCAUAUUGAGUUGUUUUGAUUUCUCUACUGAUAGAUGAAAGGACUGAGGUCACUGAAAAGCAGGGCACCAUAAGGGUCUGAAGACUAACCAACUGCGCCCAAGAACAUUCUCAAUGAUAGUAA